AUGACGACGCUCAUUGGUUCCCUCGAACCGUUAAAUGUCUCUUCGGGAGAGUGGCCCUCGUACUCGUCUUGUCUUGAGCACUACCUCACGGCGAAUAAAAUUGUAGACGACGACUUGAAAAAGGCCACGAUGCUAAAUGUCAUCGGUGGUCCAGCUUUCGAUUUGCUGAGGGAUUUGUUGGCUCCUGACGAGCCGGACAGCAAGUACGAAGAACUGAAAGAUGUUCUCAAAGAUCAUCUGGCUCCCAAGCCGCUCGUAAUUGGUGAGAGGUACCGUUUUUACCAGCGUAAUCAACGGCAAGGAGAAUCAAUUGUCAGUUCCGUGGCCGAACUCAGGCGUUUGGCUCGGACUUGCGAGUUCAAGGCUCAUCUGCCUGAGGCCCUCCGGGACCGGUUUGUCUGUGGACUACGAGGUGCUGGUGUUCGCAGAAAAUUAUUAGCCACGGACAGUUUGACAUUUGACAAAGCUGUCUCUGUCACGAAAGCGCAGGAGCUCGCAGCGAAGGACGCAGUUGAAGUGUCUGCAGAGCCCAACGCUGUGGCAGAGGGUACCAGUGUACACAAAGUGACCAUGUCGAGCCUUUUUGCAGACAAACAUAAGCUGCGUCCCAGUUCAGUGAAAUUCAGAACGUACACCGGAGAAAAGCUAGACUCCAAAGGUGUAUUCACAGUACAAGCGACGAUUAAUCAGCAGACGGCGAGUGCGGAGCUGCAUGUCGUGGAUGGUCCUGGCCCUGUGCUUCUUGGACGUGAUUGGUUGCAGCAGUGGACAUUGGAUUGGGCAGCCAUCAAGAUGGUCCAGGCGCAGAACAAGCCCACAGUGAUGGAAGCCGUGAAAGAACUUCAAACCAAGUAUGCGGAAGUAUUUGGAGAUGACCAGGGUUGCCUUAAAGCAACUACCGCUCAACUGACGCUGCAACCAGAUGCUAAGCCGAAAUUCCUCCGUGCUCGUCAGUUACCCUUGUCGCUAAAAGCCCAAGUGGGAGCUAAAAUUCGACGAAUGGAAGCGGCUGGAAUAGUGUCUCGUGUCGAUUGGAGUGACUGGGCCACACCAGUUGUGCCCGUUCCGAAACCUAAUGGCACCGUUCGACUAUGUGGUGACUUCAAGGUCACCGUCAACCCGCAGUUGUGA